AUGGAGGAAAAGGUCGAUUUAAAGAUUAGAGAAAUGUUAAGUAGCGAUGUUAUUGAACCAGUCGUCGGUCCUCCAGAUUGGAUAUCUCCCAUGGUGGUAGUGCCUAAGGGUUCAUCAAACAUUUCUGAUAUUUUGUCACGUCUGUGUCCCCCGUAUGAUGCUUCUUUUGAUGAAGAAUCCGAGCACUAUGUGUGUUCUAUUGGAGAUGAAUAUAAUGCAAUCACAUUGAGCGAAAUUCGAAGCGAAACGUCCAAAGACGAAACACUUCGCGCAGUCAUGGAAGCUAUUACUAAUCAAUGCUGGCCUCAUAACCUGCCCCAUUAUCAGGCAUUUUCAAAAGAACUUGGAAUAAUUGACGGGGUAGUAGUUCGAAAUGACCGAAUUGUUCUCCCAAUCGGGUUACGACCCAGAGCACUCAGUAUUGCCCAUCGUGGACACCCAGGAGUUGUUAGCAUGCGUAGGAACCUUCGUGAGAAGCUUUGGUGGCCUUACAUGGAUCGAGACAUAGGUGAUCGGAUACAAGAAUGUGCCGGGUGCGCAGCAGUGAGCUCUCAAGGACCAGCAGAGCCAAUGAUAAGGAAGGAAAUGCCAGAUCACCCGUGGCAAGAAAUCGCAAUCGAUUUUUUCUCAGCGAAAGAAUGCGCAACCUUUUUGGUGAUCGUGGACUACUACAGUCGCUUUUUGAAGGUUAUCGAGAUGAAAAAUACCACAGCAGUCAAAACUAUAGAAGCACUUGAAGAAGUGUUUGUUGAACAAUCUUACCCGGAAUCAAUUCGCUGUGAUAAUGGGCCCCCUUUUUCUAGCGAAGAAUUCUCAACCUAUUGCGCCCGUAAGAAUAUAAGGUUGGUUCGUACCAUUCCAUACUGGCCUCAGAUGAAUGGCUUAGUCGAGCGACAAAAUCAAGGCAUUCUGCGAGCUUUGCGAAUUUCUAGAGCUAUGAAUGCUGACUGGCGUGCUGCUGUCAAAACCUAUGUACACAUGUACAAUACUACACCACAUACCAUUACUGGCAAGGCUCCAAUGGUAUUACUAACUGGUAGACCUGUUAAAGAUUUGUUGCCUUCUUUGAAAACCGAUCCUUAUUGGAAUCGCAAUGAGGUAAUUCGAGACAGAGACGCUAUUGAAAAAUUCAAAGGGAAAACUUACGCCGACAACCGUAGACACGCGAAAUUAUCUGGAAUAGUUGAAGGAGAUACGGUAUUGUUGAGAAACUAUGCAACAGGGAAACUGGAACCAAAUUUCAGACCGGAAAAGUUUACAGUUAUUAAGAAAAAUGGUAACGAAACAGUUGUUACCAAUGAGGAAGGUGUUAAGUAUCGACGACCUGUAUCGCACCUGAAGAAAUGGAUCAAACCGCAUGCCGACACGCCUCACAAUUUACUCUGGAACAAUCGCUCGGACAAAUUACAAUUCCCGUGCAUAGCACUCGCGGGAACAUCAAUAAAUAAGGAUAACGGAACAAAACAGAACACGGAUGGAGGGAAAGGUUGUGUUUCAGAACGACCAAGAAGAACUAGGAAACUACCGGCUCGCUUGAUUAUGGUUAAACUGGAAGAAGCGGAGUGCGAGGAAAUGGAACUGCUGUACCGCUCUCAGGAAACAUGGAAAUUCUCAACGCUUAACGAAUCCCGCAACGGCCCUGUGCCGUAA